UAUUCUGGGAUACUGGCGGACCGAACCGCACUCCUACUGUGAUGGCGACCAAUAUCGAGCAGAUUUUCAGGGAUUUUGUAAUGAAUAAGAUUAAAGAAAUCGAAGAUGAAACUCAAGAAAACAGUGUGACAGAUGAGCCACAAUCUGAACAUGCAGUGGAGACGAGAGAAGAUGGACUUAAAGAAGAAAAAAUUAACACACCAACAGAUAAAGUCAUGCGUACUGACCUCCAAGAUGACCAUGGUAAAGAGGACACCAGCACUAAACACAGGAAGAGUAAAAAACACAAAAAACACAAAAGCAAAAAGAAGAGAAAGAAACGCAAAGAAGGAAAAGACAGUAGCUCAGACACGGAGUCCGACAAAGAGACUCAAGAAAGUGGGAAGAAAAAGAAGAAAAAGAAAAAGAAAAAAAGCAAAGAUACAGACAAGGCGAAGAGGUCUGGCUCUCGGUCCGAAAGCUCCUCAGCAUCUGCUUCUGAAUCCGAGUCUGAAUCGAAACCUUCUAGUGAAGCUGCAAAGUCCUCUUCAACAGGUAAGAUUACAAAGUCUGAGCUCAAAGACUCACCUGGUGUUGGUAAGCCUCAGGAGUUGCCUGACAUUAUUCCCAAGAUGGAGAAUUCGGUCCACAAAAGCACGGAAAAUGAAAGGCCCAAGGAGAAGAAAAGAAGAUCUAAAAGUAAAGAGAGCUCCAGAGGAAGACGAAGCAGAUCAAGAUCACCCAAACGGAAGUCAGAGCGCAGAUCCAGAUCCCCAAACGACAACGGCGUUCAAAGUCAACCUCACGCUCUAGAAAUAGCUCCAAAAAGAGGUCUCAUCAACAGAGAGAGAGAAGUAUCGAGGUCAAAGAGACGCAACAGUCGGUCCAGGUCUCAUUCUGUCAGAAAAGGCAAGCGUUCGAGAUCCAGGUCGCACUCCAGGAGAACUAGAUCAAGGUCUGUUGUAAUCUCGAGGAGGAACAGAAGGUCCACGUCGAAAUCUAGGUCUCGCUCGCCACGGCGUAGACUCCGGUCUAAGAGCAAGUCUCAAAGCAGAACGAAACCUUCGAAAUCAAGGUCCGUUUCGAAGUCCAGGUCUGACGUGAAACUGGAAACUGAAUCGGUUAAGAAUGAUCAGAAUACAAGUUCUGAAAUACAAACAAAUGUGUCUCAAAACACUACUGAGAAUGGAGGUCCAACAACAGACACUAAGUCGUCUGAAACGGCAUCCAGCGUCUUGAAUUCUGGUUUUAACACAGGAUCUUGGCGGCCAGUUCCCUUCUUGGCAGAGCCAUCCGAGACCAAGUCUUCCCAAAAGUGCAUUACACCUGAGGUGCCUUUGGAAGUGACCAGUGCAUCUGAAGAACCUUCAACGUUCUCAACCGUUACGCCAAAAGAUUCAGAAUGUGCUGCCAACCCUGAAAAGAAAGAAACCAGCGCAAAUCCAACUUUAACUUCAGUCGAGAGGAACUCAACCUCACCAUCCAAAUCUCCCAGUCAAAAAACAUCCUCAAAAUCCAAAGCAGCAGCUGCACGAUCCAGAUCAAAGUCGCCGUCGAAAAAGAGAAAAUCCAGGUCGUCUUCACGGAAGUCUCGAUCGCCCUCUGAAAGGAAAUCGCACAAGUCUAGAACGAGGAGCAAACGGUCAAAAUCGAGGUCGCCUAAAAAGAAAAGGUCGAGAUCACGUUCGCAAGGCCGUCGGAGGAAAUCUCGAACUCCGGAUAGAAGCAGACGGUCGAAAUCGAGAAAGAGGUCGAGGUCACGUUCGAGGAGGAGAUCCCGAUCCGGCUCGCGCUGGAGAAGGGGUUUCGGAAGCCGGUCGCUAAAUCAGCGGGACCGAUGGAAACGGGAACCGAGUCGAUCUCCGGUCCUCAUUCUCCGUAAGAAAAGAUCGACUUCAAGAACUCGACGUAGCACCAGCAAGACGCCUCCACGUCUUACAGAACUUGAUAAGGAGCAGUUGCUGGAAAUAGCAAAGGCUAAUGCUGCAGCUAUGUGUGCCAAGGCCGGCGUGCCGAUCCCAGAAAGUCUCAGGCCCAAAUCUAUUCUUCAGCUGCCCUUGCCAACUCCAAAUUCCACAUCCUUGUCUUUACAAUUGCCAGUGAUAUCAAACAUGUCUAUGAAUGCUGCUAUGGCUAGUAUGACUGCCGCCACCAUGACCGCUGCUCUGUCCAGCAUGGGUGCCUUGGCCUCCCUGCCACAAAUGGCCCCAUUACCGACAAUCGUCAACAAGCCGCCGUCAUCAGCUACACCGAAUCUUGCCAGUAUCGAAGAGGCCAAAAAGAAAGUAGCAAAACAGGCGAACAGCUUCAGCAUUAAAGAGCUAACAGAGAGAUGCAAGAAGAUCGCAGAGAGUAAGGAAGAGAUGGCCAUCGCAAAACCACACGUGUCAGACGAUGAAGAGGAAGAAAGGCUGUUUGGAGCUUCCCUUAAGGAGAAUAAGGGCAUCGCAUUCAGUCUCGGUAACACCUCAGUAAAGCCGGCCGUCCGAACCGAAGCGGCUUUUGCUAAGGAGUUCCCGGUGUCCUCCGGCUCCCAGCACAGGAAGAAGGAGGCUGAUGGUGCGUAUGGAGAAUGGGUGCCGGUCGAAAAGAAAACAGAAAAGCCAUCUACAUCGGGUUCUUCUGGGACUGAGGAAACCAGCAAGGACAAUGAUAGUGUCUUUCCUGAAGCACCUUCUCAGCCUGUGGACAUCACAUUGGCUGUCAGUGAGAGAGCGGUCGCUCAGAAGAGACUGGCGGAAAACCCUUUUGACAUCAAUGCCAUGUGUAUGCUGAAUCGGGCUCAAGAGCAAGUUGAUGCAUGGGCCCAGUCCAACACCAUCCCCGGCCUCUUCACGGGCUCCACGGGUGCUCAAGUGCUCUCGUCCGACGAGCUCACUAACAGCGGCCCGCAGGCCUGGAUUAAGAAGGACCAGUUCCUGCGGGCGGCGCCGGUCUCGGGCGGGAUGGGGGAGUUACUGAUGAGGAAGAUGGGAUGGCGGUCAGGGGAGGGUUUGGGGAAGCACAGGGAAGGAACGGUGGAGCCCAUCAUUAUCGACUUCAAAACGGACCGCAAGGGCCUUGUAGCAGAAGGAGAAAAGACCCAGAAGUCUGGCAACAUUGUUGUGAUGAAGGAUCUUCUAGGGAAGCAUCCGGUAUCUGCUCUGAUGGAGAUGUGCAAUAAGAAGAAGUGGCCGCAGCCAGAGUUUGUGAUGGUGCACCACAGCGGACCCGACCACCGCAAGAACUUCCUCUUCAAGGUGGUGGUGAACGGAUGUGAUUAUCAGCCUCAGACUGCCAGUCCCAAUAAGAAACACGCCAAGGCGAUGGCAGCGACGGUCGCUCUGCAAGCCAUGGGAGAGGUGGCGGGAGACGGCGUUCAUACCGGACCAGUGUUCACCGCGGCCACCAGCACGUGACGCCAGCGCACGACACUCUCUGACACACUCGUUUCAUUUCAGUUCUCAUGUUGUCAAAUAAAGCAAUAUCAUCUUGAUAUGGCACAUCUGUAAGUAUUUUUGUAAUUGGUUCAUUUUCUUUAACCACAUCCUACUUGAAUUGGUAAACCGAUGGCCUUUGCAUGACAAUGAAAUGAGUUAGCAUGUACACUAAUGAGAAUAAGUAUGAAGGUGACUAGGUUUGAACUGUGAAGGUUUGCGUUUAAUGCAUUUGACUGAACAUUGUUUUAAGCUCACGUCUGCUCUUGUAAAUGUUUCAUGCAUGCUGUAAAACUAUUUUAUCUUUGUAAACAUUUUUUCUUUGCUUUAAAGUUUUACCAGCCCCAGUCCAUUACAUCCUCUAUUUCUGAAGGCUUAUGUUCUGUUGCUGGCAGAGAACAUGUUUUUGUGAUGAAACAGAAUAAAUCAUGUAACUGGAAAAUGA